AUGGGUGAACAUAAACUUCCUACAAUCCUUAUAAUUGGAGCAGACCCAGGUGGGCUAGCUUUAGCGCAUUCAAUUCAAAAAAAUUAUAACAUGAUCAAAAAUAAAUUUAAUGUAAAAAUCUUUGACUGUGAACCAAGCCCACAAGGUACUGAUGUGAGUAAAAUCAAUAUUAAAAUGAAUUCCAGAUCAAUUGCUACGAGACUUCAUGAAGUUGUAUCUGAUCCAAUUGAUGGUGGAAUUGAAAAUCAUGUUUUAAUGGUUAAAGAUCAUUUAGGAAAUAUUGAGAAAAUUUAUUAUUCAAGGGUAUUGACGUGCAAUAGGAAGAAAUGUGUUAGAUACUAUGAAAAUGAGAAAGGAGUUUGGGUUAUCUUUGAAGAUGAAAUCUGGGAAUUAUCUAAAUUAAGGGUCGAAAAUGAUUAUGGAAAAUAUCCUUUUAAAACCUUUUAUCCUUUGAGAAGAAGGCCAUUAAGAGAUAUUUAUCCUGAAAAU